AUGAGGCGUUUUAUUAGGGGUGGAUAUGAAGAUUUCAGCGCACCUCUCAACACUAUUGGAGAGGCGUGGCCGUCAGCAGCGUCGCCAUAUGGACUACCUCCUCGUACCGCACCCUCCACUCAGCACUACGUGGAGAAGGGUGGCCGUCAGCAGCGUCGCAUAUGGACUACUCCUCGUCUAUAUGCGGUGGCCGAAUUGCUGCUUUCUAUUCACAUUUCGCUUUCAAAUUUCGUCGUCCUAUACGUGUACGUUAGAAAGAAGUACGUGCGAACUGUCACAAAUUCCUAUAUCUUCUCACUAGCGCUGACGGAUUUUUUAGCAGGAAGUGUAGGCAUUCCGAUUACGGUCAUUUCGGUGAUGACCCGACGACCACAUUCCUUCUAUGGAUGUCUGUUUGUACAUCUGAUUCUCUGUAUUCUCUGCACUAUUUCAACAUUUCAUAUGCUGGCAAUUGCUGUGGACAAAUAUGUGACGAUAUGCUGCCGAGAUCGCCUUUUUCGUUCAAGGCAUCCGUGGUUGUUUGAUCUGGUCGACGAGAAGAUGGAUAGCAUCCCUGGAAUGAAUACG